AUGGAUUCUGACUUGGACACUCGCCCCUCAAAACGUCCCAGGCGCCAUGAUCAAGGCGUGCUCGGUCCAGCUGCAGAAGAGAGCGGCUCGAAUAAUGCAGAAAGCGUUCAUGAUUAUGCGUUCGUCAAGGAUGAGGAACUCUGGAUCCGUGAUGGAAACAUUAUUCUAGUAUGCGGCGGCCAUGCCUUCAAAGUUCACGAAGGGGUCCUUGCCCUCAAUUCCGUGGUGUUUCGCGACAUGUUCAAGGUCGCCACAUCCUCAGCUUCGUUCGACCAAUCUGCGCAAGAAUGCCCAAUUGUCCACCUCGACGACAAUGUAGAUGAUGUCAAGCACAUUUUGAGGGCCUUGUACCAUAGAGACUACUUUCAACCAGGCUUGAAACCCGUCGUGAUGACCACACUUGCCUCUCUGCUUCGCAUUUCCACAAAAUACAUCAUGGACAUUAUCCGCGAGGAUGUCAUCGAACAUCUCCAAAUUUUAUUCCCGUCGACGCUCGAGGCGUAUCAGUCCCCAAAGCGCACC